GAAUAUUCCAUAUAAUUUUUAAAAUAACAGCGAUCCCAAGCUUUUGGUCCUGAGAUCUUUGAGCCUGGAUUCAAUCGUUUGGACAGAAAAAGCGGCAGCGAAGCUUUCGCGAGUUCUUCAAAUCGAUCUGGCAAGCCCGGAGACGUACAUAUGUAUGCAGGCGAAAUGGCAAUCGCUAGCAACGUCGAAGAAGCGGGGAACGCGGUUCGCGCGGAAAAAGGCAGAAAAUAUUUUUAUUUUCGAAAGAUGAUAGGAGAUUAUAUUGACACCUCUGUUCGCAUUGUGGCCACUGUGUUCCUGGCUGAUUUACUCCGUCGCUUGUACCACUGUGUCGUCGAAUAUGGGAGCAAUGGGCGGUACUAUUUGCCCGAGGAUCGGCUGUGGGUAAUCUUGCGGCGCUCGUGCACGUACAACAACAGGUCGAUAUACCUGAUUGUAGGAUUCGUUCUCGUAGCUUUUUUUCGAAUUUCGGUUACCGGGAAUUACAGGGACGUAGUGCCCACGACGCUGUUUCUGGUCCAUAUGCCGCUCUACUGGAUAUGGAGCUUUAGCGAUAUGGACCACAGCACCCUGAGCUACUCGCACUGGAUACGUGACUCCCAUGGACUGGACUAUGCGGCCGGAAUGGCCUCCAACUACUUUCACGGCUACCUCAAACUUUCACUGCCCGAACGCAAGGAUGAUGGGCUCAAACAACGAAUGGAAAUGUACGAGGACAAGAAUAAUGUUACCUUUGGCAUUAAACGACUGGUUAUCCUCAUUCCCGACGAGAUGUUUGUCAACGGCGUACUAGAAAGCCACUUACUUGACAAAGCUGAGCCCCUGGAGACCCAGUUCAUCAACCGAGCCGGUGUCUAUCGUCCUUUUAAGCACGCUGUCUACAGAAUGAACAAAAAGGUCAAUGGCAGGACCUACUACUUUGCCAUCGAGGGUGCCACGCCCUUGAUAUCCUUCUUCGAUGCGAUAUAUUCCAACUUGUCGGCCACCUGGCAGAUGCAGGAACUGAAGCGGGAGAUCUGGCUCAAGUUCUACAAGCACCUGAGGGAACUCAUUACUACGUGGCCGGAGACCCGAGACCUUAUAGAGCUCAUCAUCUAUAACUCCCAUGAUAGCAAGGGCAACCUUGUGGAUGUUGGCGAAUUGCUUGUAGCUAAUAUGCAAAACAAAACCAAAACUCUUGACGAAAUUUCCCACUAAGAUUUCCAAUCAAAAACGAUUCCAACGAUGACGUUGGAUAGUAAUACCAAAGUUAUUCUAGUGUCUUUGGCAAUACUGACAUACAAUUUUUUGUGAUUAAACAAACAUUAAAGAUUAGAAAGGUGAGUGAGUGAGUUUAUUUUCUGUUUCCGCCCUAACCAUUUUGUCGCGGAACACAUCGCCAGUUAGCCACACAAACACCAGUUGUUUCAGUUGUCUCUUAGGGCGAUGAUUAUGUGCUAGGUGUUACAACGAAACGAAAUUAAUAUCUUUGUAAAUUGAUGCAAAUUUUAAUUGUAAUGCGCUGUUUGUUUUACUUAAAACUAAUAAAAAUGUUUAGUUUAAUAAAUAAGUUAUACAAUAA